AAUUUCAUUCCUCGAAAUUCGCCUCGAUAUCUCGUCUCGCCGCCGUCGUUCUCCGCUCGCUCAAGUUGACUGCCUUUGUUCACUCCAAACGGUGCCGUUGGAUGGAAGCUAACGUUUUGUAACUUGCACUUUCGUCUCUGAGCUCGGAGUGUCAGCCUACGACCAUUUUGAGCAUAUCAACCCACGAGACGACAUCCACCAUGUCCGAUCUUAUUGAGGAAGCCGUUCAGACGGAGGAGGGAGCAAGUGGUGCGCCGAACGUGGCCGCUCCAUUUGUCGAGCCUACGCAACCCACCGUGCAGAAUGCUGCAUCACCAUCAGAACCGCCAGCGUUCAGAUACUACAGGACACCACAAUCCGGCAUAGAACGCAAGGAGCUCCCGGAUUCGUAUUUCCAACCAAGCACAGCAGAUCUCAAAGCCGCACAAGCAUCGCUUUCAGCACGAACACAGGCUUUCGUCAAUGCUCCAUUACGAACACAGGCUAUGCGAGAGGCGGACGAAAAGGCGAAACGGGCACGCUGGCCAACUACGACCAUACGAGUGAAGUUCAGCGACCGCAGCCAACUCGAGAAGACAUUCCUCUCGACGGACAAGAUCCGCUCCGUAUACGCGUUCGUGCGUGGCUCCCUCCGUGAGGACGUCAAGCCGAUCAAGUUCGUACUCUACCAGACGCCGCCAAAGCGCGAGUUCAAGGUGUCCGACCCUCAGGUGCGCGACGUGUCCCUCGCCGACUUGCAGCUCGCGCCGUCUUCCGUGCUCCUCUUGCGAUUCGAAGACGACUCGCUCAAUUACACCGAUGUUCCCGCACCGCUGGCAGAAUCGGUGCUCGCGGCCGCCGAAGACCUUCCCGCACCGCCCAACUUUGAUGCGACGCCCGAGGAGUCGUCGGCAUCUUCGCGCGCCUCCUCCAUCUCUGGAGGUUCCAAGUCGGGAAAGAAACCUGCACCACCAAAGGAACCGAAGGCAGAGUCGAAGGUCCCAAAGUGGAUGAAGCGAGGUCCGAAGAAGUGAAAAUACUCCUCGCGGUGAAGUCCCUUGUUGUAGUUGUUGUGCAUCAUGUAGGAUAACGCGAACGCAAUCACAUAUAUGCAAUCUUGGAUGGACACUACUUACAGCCUCGAGUGCAGUGGUCUUCGCAUUCUCAGAGUAGCCGGGGCCCGGAAAGCCUCAAACACAGAUGAUUAACCUGUUUCCAUCUAUUGAAUGUUCGUCAUGAUGACCGUCG